CCUUUCUGUGAUGAUCUAACAGAUUCAAUUUUUCUUUUAGUUCAACGGUCUUGAUUGAUGGGAAAUGGAUAUAAGUCCUCUUUCAGGAAUCCGUGGUUACAUCUUAGAGGUCUCCACUCUCCAUCUCGAUUCUUGACUCUCGACUCUCAAAUCUCAAUUUAGGGUGUUUGGGAAAAUUGGGUGAUUGGGUUUGAGAGAAAAAUGGAGGGUUUUGUGAGUGGCAGUGAAGAGAAGCCAAAACAGGGUUUGGAGGGAACAGGCUUGAACCUACCAGUCAACCGCCAUGGAAACCUGAAAAGUGCUUCAAGUGAUCAGAAUUUGAAGGAGAUUCUGCAAGAUAUCAAGUCCUCAAAGAGUCCAGCAGUGAUAAAUUAUGGAGCAUCAUGGUGUCAUAUCUGUAGCCAGAUCCUUCCUGCAUUUUGCCGGAUGAGUAAUGAAUUUCCAAAGCUUUCAUUUGUAUAUGCAGACAUUGAUGAAUGCCCAGAAAUAACUCAGCACAUACGUUAUACGCCAACUCUCCAAUUUUUCCUAGAUGGUGAAAGGGUGGAUGAGAUGCUUGGUGCUGGAGAAGAGAGGCUACGUGACCGACUAUGGUUACACUCCUAAGACAUAACUCACGCUUGCACCAUAACAAACAAGAUAGAUGCAGCAAAGAGAGACACUUUGCUGUAAAGGGCUUCUCCAUAUGUACUUCAAAUGGCACUGUUACUCUUCAUAAUAUUGUAGGCAUUAUUUCUAAUGAGAAAAUAAUGGAGUUUCAACAUCCUUCUUCGUA